AUGGAGCCCAUCGUCGCCACCAAGGGCAAACUGACACAGCUGAGGUAUGAGCUUCGGCAUCGCGUCCUCACCUCGGCCGUCUACCCUGUGAGAGCUCCCAAUGGCUCCACGAUUGUUCUCUAUGGCCACGAGACUGGCGUCGGUAUUCUCUGGAGAGGCGGCAAGCGGCUCAAGCAGUCAGCGCCUCAACCCCAACAGCCAGCCAAGCCGCCCAAGGUCAACGGCACCAGCGGCGAUGCCAUCAUGAUCAUCGACUCGGACGACGACGCGCCUGCAAAAGCCACCCCUCAACCCCCACCCAAGGCUGAGUUCGAGGUGGACGACGAAGAGCUCGACCCAGACCAUCCAUAUCCCUCAAUCGUUCAGCACAUCUCGCUGUCCCUCAGCACCCAAGUCCGUCACAUCGCCGUGCCUCAGAUCCCCCAUGCGUCUGCUCUGCGCCCAGGAGACACCACACCACCCAUCCUCAGCAAGAGCAUUGUCUUUACCGUCGCAUGCGCCGACUCUACCGUGCGCUUAAUCACGCUGCCAUUGAGUCCCCCUCCGAAUGCGGCCAAGGCCAGUCCGUUCAGUUCAACGUCGCAGUUUGGCGAGGAAAUUAUCAAGAUUCAAGGCCACCAGAGCAUUCCGAGGGGUGUCACCAUGACUUGGACUGCCAGAGAUGAGCCUGGUGUAUCAGAAGAUGCAGAAGACGACAUGGACAUUGAUGGCGAGGGAGAGACCGGUGCGACACCUAGUGGCAGACGUCGCAAGCAACAGUCGCGCCCGCGCUCCCAACCGCGUGGCGAGGAAGGCUUCGACCUACUCGUAGCCUCACACUCUGCCGAGCUAGGAGGUCUGCUGAGGAUCUUUCGCUUUGAGCUAUCUGAGACGGUGAUCAAAGUCGCGCACCCUGUCGUACCAUGUAAAACGCUCACCUUGCGCAAACCCGCCUCCCGAGUCGCUUUCAAUACCGCCCAAUAUCCGAAGCGUCGGCACUCCCAAUUGCUCAUCACCGAUUCCACAGGAACCGCACGGAUAUACGACCCAUUUGCUGCACCCAAUCGCAAGCAACGAAUGGGUGGCGCUUCCUCUGAGCCAGGUGCCUUUAUAAUUACAUUGAGGACAGCAUUCGAGCCUGUAAAGAAUGUUACACUUACGCCUCCGGUCCUCGCUUCGCGUAAAGCCAUCGUCGAUGCCGCCUGGGCCUCGGAUGGCCGUCAUAUCAUUGCCCUGUUGGCAGACGGUGAAUGGGGAGUUUGGGAUGUUGAUCGUUCUGGCCCAAAUCCACCAGCAGAUCCCUCGGUCUUCUCUCUACGAGGUUAUGUUGGAACAUCAGAAAAAGACGCAAGUAGCAGUGGCCCCUCCAGCCCGAAACGCGCCAGUCGCAACUCAUUAGCCCCCAUGACGCCCAAUACACGCCGCAGAAAGGAAGAAGCGUUAUUCCAAGGAACCUCGACGAGCUCGGCUGUUGUAACGCGUGGUGGCAUCUCCGUCGCCACCUUGCCAUCAGCCAAUGGCACCUCAGAAGAUUCGGUCAUCAUCUGGUAUGGCUCAGAGAUUUACAGGAUAGCAGACCUUGCCAAGUUCUGGGCUCGCACUGUCUCUGCUAGCAAUGGCAGCUCAUUGCCCGGCCCCGGUCUCCAAAUACAAGACGUGUCACUCUGCGGAGAAGCCAUCACAUCUGUCUCCCAGUUUGACACUACAGCACAGGCCUCACGCAUGGCCGUUGCAAGAGAUACUCUGAUACCAUUGGAACAUCGCCUAGUCAUCGCUGCAAGCACUAGCCAACCUCUCGGACGAGACAUGAACGCUGUGUUUGCACGCGAACAACUCGAGGAGGAAACGACCACCAGAACCGACCAGGCCCUACUCACUCACGGUGAGCUAGACCUUGGUGGUAUGGACAGAAUGCUCGAAAGCAUGGAAAGCAGCGUCACCAAUGGCGCUGUGUCAAAGAACUUGACUGCAGGUGGACCUCGCAAGGUCCUUUUUGCAUCCUCUGCAGCUUAA